CUUAUUUAAAGGGGAAAUAAUGAAGAUAUAAAGAUGGUAACAUUGGUUUCAUCUGUUUGCUUUAUAUCCAGAGGAGUUGCGGCUGAAUUUCCUAAGAAAUAUGUUUUUAAUGAUGAUGAAUAUAAAAAAAUAAAUAAGUUAAUUGAUUUACAAGUUAAAACUGCAAAAAAUGACACCAAAAAAAAGAAAAAUCAAAAAUAUACAGCUGAAAAUAUGUCUGAAGAUGAAGAAAUGAUUAAAAGAUAUAAUUUAGAAAAUUAUGAUCUAGAAUCAUAUGAUAAUCAACAGAUGAAUAUGUUUACAGAUAUGAAGGAUUUAAUAUAUUAUGAAAAUGAAGAAGAUGACCCAUAUAUUACUUUAAAAAAUGAUGAAUCAGAUGAGGAGAGGGAUGAACUUCGAAUAUUAUCCAGUGAUGAUGUUAUUUUAGCUACUAAAACUGAAGAUGAUGUUUCUUAUCUUGAAAUAUAUGUCUAUGAAGCUUCAGAAGAUAAUUUAUAUGUACAUCAUGAUAUAAUGCUUCCAUCAAUUCCUUUGUCUUUAGAAUGGCUUGAUUAUAAUUUUGGUGUUGAGUCUGGCAGCUCUGGAAAUUUUGCAGCUGUAGGUACAUUAGAUCCUGAUAUAGAAAUCUGGGAUUUAGAUAUUAUUGAUCCUUUUUAUCCUGUUGCUAUACUUGGAAAUCCUAAAGUAAAGAAGAAUACAAAAAAAAAGAGCAAAAAAGUCAAUUCGAAAUAUCAUGUAGAUUCAGUUUUGAGUUUAUCUAAAAAUAAAGUUCGUAAAAAUAUAUUAGCUUCUGGAUCAGCAGAUACUUCAAUAAAAAUAUGGGACUUGGAGUCAUGUGUUUGUACUGAUUCAUAUGUUCAUUAUCUUGAUAAAGUGUCUUAUAUUGAAUGGCAUCCAUCAGAGGCGACAUUAUUAUUGUCUGGAAGUUUUGAUCAUACGUCUAUGAUAUAUGAUGUGCGUUCUUCAAAAGAUGCAUUUAAGUGGAAUAUAAAGAGCGACAUAGAAUCUACAAGAUGGGAUUUACACGAUUUUCAUUAUUUUUAUGUAUCUACAAGUUCUGGUAUGGUUUAUUUGUUUGAUGUCAGAAAUCCUCCAAGCAAUUCAGAAUAUUUAAAUCCAGUAUGGACUUUACAGGCUCAUGAUGGACCAGUUUCUGCAUUCGAUAUUAAUUGUUUCGUCAAAGGAUAUUUUGCAACUGGAUCAACAGAUAAAUCAAUUAAAUUAUGGAAUAAACAUGGAAAAGAUGGGGGGCCUAGUAUUAUUAUAUCAAAAAAUAUAGAUGUUGGUAAAGUUUUUUCUGUUAAGUUUUCUCAAGAUAAAGAAACGAUGUUUUCAUUGGCUGCAGCUGGAAGUGAAGGAGUUGUUAGAGUAUGGAAUACUUUGAAAAGUAAAGCUGUUAAGAAUAUAUAUGGAAAUAUUGUUGAUUUAUGUAAUAUAAAUGAAACUAUAAAUAAAAAUAUAAUAUGACU